UGGCUCAGUUAUGACUUGGCAAAAAUGGCGGACGAAUGCAUUAAAACAGCGAACCUACCGGCAAACAUGAAAUUGUUCGUGUUUGAUCUCGCAGGCACAACUGUAGAUGACUCGAUUGAGGGUGUACCACUUGUGGCUAUUGCAAUGAAAGAAGCUUUCCACAAAAAUGGUUACAAAAUCGACGUAAGCUUAGUCAACAAAUACCGUGGAAUGGAGAAGAGAGACGCAAUUCAGAGUAUCUUGAACGAACUGCACAAGUUAAACGGGUCAAACAACAGUUCAUCUAACAUCAGCGUCGAUGGUUUAUUUGAGGAUUUCAAAUUCUUUCUGAAUCAGAAUUUGUCAUCGAUUAAAAACGAAAUCGCUGGAACGACUGAAGUUUUUCAGAAGUUGAAAUCCACAGGGGCUAAGAUUGCCGUUGGCAGCGGCUUCCCGCAUAGUGUCGUUGAAACUAUCACACGUACCUUGAACUGGUCCAUCCUGGUCGAUUUUGUUUGUAGUGCGGAGAAAGCGGGGCAUGGAAGGCCUCAUCCGGCAAUGAUCCAUUCUGCUAUGAAAUUUUGUGGCGUAAAAGAUCCACGAUCCGUUGUCAAAGUUGGGGACACUAAGGUAGAUGUUGAAGAAGGAAAAAACGCUGGCUGUUGGACGAUCUCAGUGUUAACUGGGACACAGAGUAGAGAGUUUAUUGCAGAGAGUGAACCGGAUUUUAUCAUCAAUAGCAUUGCUGAUUUACCCUAUCUAUUAUCAAACGGAACAUGACAUUUAUGAUCUCGCGUUAUAACUGUGUUGAACGAUUUGAAUAAUUUGAAAUUCUAAAUAAAAACGAAACGAAGCCUUUCGUAUUGUGUCGUAGUCUGUCAUAAAAUGAUCAUCUGCAGGGUAAAAGUCAGUAAAGAUUGGCCAAAUCAGGAAUGUUGUUUCUCACAAAGAGCUUCUUAUGGCCGACAGCGUCCGCAUAUUUAAACGUCACGGAUGGGAAAAUUAAACCCUGAUUCACUUUUAUUUCUGCGGAGAUAUGACGCUUGAUUUACUCUCAUGCGUUUUGGAGUAAGCUUCCAAUUAGUCAAAGAUUAAAUGCGGAAAUAGGUUAAAUGUGUUCAUGGUGAUGUUUGCAUCAUGAGAACAAUAUUAUUGUUGAAGGUACAUGUGCUGGUAAUCUAAUGAAACUCAAUUAUGAUAAUAACUAAGUAACAUACAGAAACUGUUAUGUCUCUGAAGUGAUUACUCUUUAAGGCCGAAGUCUUAGGUAAACAUAAAAUACAACGAUUGUUCUUCGUUUGAA